AGGGUUCGAUAUCUGACUAGUGCAUAUAAAAAAUAUAUAUGUUGGGAGGAUAAAUGAAUCUCAAAAUGAAUCACAAUCAUCAGUAGCACGAGAGAUUAGUCUCCUAGUUGCGCGCGGAUAUCUUAACUUACCAAAAUAAGCAUAAGCUAUAAUAUUAUUAAUUAAUUAACAUUAACAUGGUCUUCUUUGUUUUGGUAUUAACCCUCAGGUUCCCAGAAGAAAGGGCCCGGUAAUCCAGAAUUCGAUCGUGAGGUAAGUAAAGAAUUGUUUUCACCGGGAAUCUAAAAUUGCCUAUCUUGAUUUACCAAAAUAAAUAUAAGCUAUGAUAUGAUAUUUUUUAUGCCAAAUAAAUGCUGCUAGUAAGACAUAGCAAUAACAUGCAGAUUAAGUACACUGUAUUCUUUACCUGAUAAGCUUAACCAUCCACCCUUACCUUACCAGUUUCAACCUUCAAAGGAUAGGGAUAAGGUUGAUUUAUGGUAUAAAUUUUAAUAAUGAUAUGAUAUGACCCAAAACACAAAACAAUACACAAGGAUGACCUACACAGUACACAGUUCAAAAUGUGCUGGCAGUCAAUGUCAUGAUAAUACUAUACUAUAAGAGAUUUUGGCUGUGAAAAUGACAAUAAUGAUAUGAUCUUUAUCUAAAAAUGUUAGGUUCUCAUUGGAAUAAGAAACCUUAAGGUUCAAUUCUGGUCAGGUUUUAGCCUACUAAAAGUUAAAAACUAAAAAUAGAUUCUUUGCUUAUCACUGGCUCCUAUCAUAUAAAAAAAAAAAAGGAAUAAAGAAAAACCCAAAAUUUGUUUGGAACUAUAGAAGUUGCCAACUUUUAGUGUGUUUUUGCAUGUCGACAUAAAAUUACAUGAGUCACUGAAUAGAUGAUAAAUGCGUUUGUCUAACUGUAACAUGCAUCAACCACAUGAGCAUAGCUGAAGAAUUGGCUAACAUAAUGGCCCCAGCUAGAUAAGAUUGGUUAUAUCUUGUACUAUACAGGUCAAUUCAAUUUCUGUCUUAUCUAUAAGAAAAACCAGCAUUUCUUCUAUAGUAUAUAUAGUGUAUGUGGGACUCCCAUAUAUUUGUAUCAGAAUCAGAACACCCUUUUUAUGAAGUAGAGAAAAAUGGGUGGUCAACAACAGAACAAAAAGUCUAAGGUUGUGAAAAUUGACUCAAGGAAAUCAUGGGAACACCACAUCAUUGAAGCUACCAAAAAAGGUUACCUUGUUAUGGUUCAUUUCUCUGCUUAUUGGUGCAUGCCUUCUGUUGCUAUGGACCCUUUCUUUGAAGAGCUGGCUUCCACCAAUCAAGAUGUCCUCUUUCUGAAGGUGGAUGUGGACGAAGUUAAGGAAAUAGCCUCCAAAAUGGAAAUCAAUGCCAUGCCAACCUUUUUAUUGAUGAGUGGAGGAACUCCAGUGGAUAGAGCUGUUGGUGCAAAUCCUGAUGAAGUAAGGAAAAGGAUGGACCAUUUUAUCCACCAAACACAUUCCUCCAAAUCUCAAUAUGAUGCAUGAUCACCACAUUCAACAGACUUUGUCUGAGAUGUAAAUAAGAUCUACAAGUUUUUUUUUUUUAAUUUUAAAAUCUUAUUUAUUUCAAUGUGAGCUAUGGUGUUGGUUUUUGUAUUAAUUUGUAAAAUUAUGUUUGGUGUGUGGAUGUGAAGUGACAAAUUGUGAGGUUGUUAUUGUAAAAAGGUAUUUUAUUGAAAUAAUUCAUAAUGCUUAACCGGCAAAAAUGCUAAAAUUGCUAA